AUGCCGACAAAACGCACUAAUAAAGAUAAUGUCAUCAAGUACUCGUCUUUGCUGGUACUUGUUCUUCAGAACACCUCCCUUGUGUUGUUUAUGCGAUAUGCGAUGACUGGUAAUAGACCGAAGUUUCUUAAGGCGAUUUCUGUAUUCUUUGCCGAAGUAUUCAAAUUCGUAGCUAGUAUCAUAUUGGUCUGUUUACAAGAACGUAGUGUGAGGACAGGCUUAGCCCAAAUUUAUGAUCAAUUUGUUAAUCAUUGGCGCGAUGCUCUAAAAGUGCUUGUGCCAGCUGUGGUCUACACAAUACAGAAUUUCCUUCUGUAUGUGGCUGUAGAGAAUCUUCCAGCGGCAACUUACAUGGUCACGUACCAAUUGAAAAUUCUAACCACUGCUGUGUUCACCGUAUUGGUGCUAGGACGAAAAUUGUCAAUUCAACAAUGGAUUUCGCUAUUUUUCCUGUUUGGCGGUGUGGCUAUUGUCCAAUAUGAUCAGAAGAUGUCAAACGACCGUGAAAAGGCAGAACGAUUAGCAGCUGCCGCCAUGGCUACUCCUGUGGGUGAUAAUGACCUUCCGACGACUCCGAUGCCUACGAUUGAGGACGCAUUCACGAAACUCAUCGGUUCUGCUUCCGACAUGUUGAAUGUCACGGCGGCACCAUCUGUGGGUGACCACGCGCGAUUGAAGCGGGAAGUUCACGAACAGAGCUCGAUUUUAGGGUUCAUUGCCGUGCUCGUAGCAUGCUGCAUGUCUGGCUUUGCUGGUAUCUACUUCGAGAAGAUUCUGAAGGGAUCAAACGUAUCAAUUUGGAUUCGAAACAUUCAACUAGCUCUCCCCUCAAUCUUUUUUGCUUUAUUAUUUGCUUUUGUUAAAGACAAUAGCGAAAUAUUCGCAGACGGUGCUGCUCUUUCGGCAAUUUGGAACCGUAUGCUGUAUGGAUUCGACUGGGCAGUUUGGGUAACCAUUGCCAUUUCAGCGUUCGGAGGUCUUGUUGUUGCUGUGGUAAUUAAGUUUGCCGACAAUAUAUUGAAGGCAUUCGCUACCUCAUUUGCUAUUGUGUUGAACUGUAUUCUCGCAUAUUUCCUUUUCAACUUCCGUCCAACCAUGUUCUUUGUGGUUGGUGCAUGUUUCGUUAUCGGCGCAGUUUUCGUCUAUAGCAUAUAUCCUUACCGAGUUCGUCAUGAUCCUCUCCCGACAGACGAAGAGAUGGCCGAUAUGAAAGAGAAGGAGAAGAUGAAGGAAACAGCAUAG